AUGGACCCAAUUAUGAAUGUCUUUGAAAAGCCAGCAGUAACAAGUCGGGUGGCUCGGUGGCAGAUGUUGUUAACUGAGUAUGAUAUUACUUAUGUGACGAGAAAGGCCAUUAAGGGUAGUGCCAUGGAGUUUGAUUUCCCAGAUAUGGACAUUGACUCAGUAAGCCAAGAAAAAGGAGAUCAGAUAGGAUGGAUGAUGUUGUUUAAUGGAUCAGUCAAUGUGUGGGGAUAUGAAGUAGGGUCCGUGCUCAUAUCACCGGAAGGGAAGCAUUACCUGGUCGUGGCCAAACUUACUUUUCCUUCUACUAACAAUGUAGCCAUAUAUGAGGCAUGUGCGUUGGGUUUGCAGGCUGCCAUUGACAAGGGCAUUAAAGAAAUGGCUAUCCAAGGAGAUUCAGCUUUAGUUAUUCAUCAGUUAAAUAAAGAGUGGGAAACACAAGAUGCCAAGUUGCUACCAUAUCAAGAGUACAUCCAGGGGAUGAUUAGGGAAUUUGAUCUUGUCAGCUUUUCCCACCUACUAAGAGAAAAUAAUUUGAUUACCGAUGCACUGGCGACAUUGGCAGCUUUGAUCAAAGGGGAACUGUUCAAGGUUAGGCAUCAUAAUUCAACUCCUUAUAGACCACAGAUGAAUGGGGCAGUUAAAGCAACCAACAAGAAUAUCAAGAACAUUUUGGAGAAAAUGAUGGAGACUUAUAAAGAUUGGCACGACAAGCUUCCCUUUGCCCUGUUGGCCUAUAGAACCAUGGUUCGAACCCCUGCAGGGGCUACCCCUCUCUCUUUGGUGUAUGGAAUGGAGGUCGUGGUUCUAUUAGAGGUAGAAAUUCCUUCCUUAAGAGUCCUAAAAGAAGCAGAGUUGAUUGAGGCAAAAUGGAUACAGUCCCGGUAUAACCAGGUAAAUUUGAUUAAAGAAAAGAUAAUGGUCGCUAUAGCUCAUGGGCAGUUGUACCAAAGAAAAAUGACGAGGGCAUUCUACAAAUAG